CGGCUUUGUUGUUUGAUUGCGGCGUAUUUUCACUGAACAAUGCUCCGGCAAAAGGCCUUUUGAAGAUCCAGGUAUGCAUCGGUCCUGUUCGUUGCCGGCCUGUUCCUGUUCGUGGCGAACUUGAAGUUGGAACCUGUGAGUCACAUGUGGGCGGAUCCAUGAGGAUCCCAUCAAUACAGUCUGAUGUCUUUACAAUGAGUGCAACUUUUUGGGACACCAGGCCAUCGCAAGAGGCCUUGUUGAUGGUCCACAAACACAACUGGACAAAGUGGCAGUUGCUGGGAAAGGAGGGGCUAGCUGCAGACCAAGCUCAAGAGCCUGGCAAGAUUCCAGACCACAUCCUCGAAUCAUUGGAGCCCAUCAUUGCUGGCCUACAUGUCUACUGUUUUGUUUUGAAUAGCCGGCUCGCUCCCCCCACUCCCUACAUAAUCAGGUAGGCACCUACUUAAUGAAGUAAGGGAGACGUAGCUAUAGUAGCUUAAUUAGCUAGUACUUAGGACGCAGGAUAGCUCACGCUCGCACUAAUGAUUUGUUUCCUAGAUUUUUAGGGACACUUCGUCCACACUUUGCCGAUCCAUAGGAUGCAACAUUGCACAUCCAUCGCACACCCUGCUCACCUGACCCGCAGCUUUACGUGGCCCAAAAGCCGUGGCUCGCACCGCGAAAGACGCGGCGACCGCCGAGUCGACGCGGCGAACGCCGAGUCGUGGCGGCGGGUGGCUUCGUGGCUAAGCGGGUCACGUCGCGGGUGGCUCCCGCUCUGCAGUUUUUUCCGAACGGUGCAAGAGGGGGAAGGAGAUGUCCGUGGGCCUUGUGCACAGCUUUGGUUCCGUGGACACCGCCUUGGACGACGGCCUCGAGGGCACCAAGUCGCAGGAAAGUGGCGGUGGGUUUACGCCGUCUGCUGGGCGGGAGAGGGUGCGGAAGAAGCGUGAGCAGCAGCUCCAGGAGUUUUUGGCUCUGCACCACUUCCACGACCUCUCAGGGCCUCGGGAGCUCGAGUCCGAAAAGACGGGCUGCUUUGGAUGGAGCGUGUUUAACCGUCCCAGCGAGUCGAUGUGUCCCAUCCACGUGGCGGCGGAGCGUGGGAACUGUAAGAUCCUCCGACAAUUGCUGGAAGCAGGUGUCGACCCAACCCAACAGACCUCCAAGGGCCGAACAGCCUUGGAUUUGGCCAAAGUGCAUGGCUGGGCCGAGGCCAUCGAGAUCUUAGAGAAUCCCGUACGGCCCCUGAAGGUUCGGGAGGCGCUGAGGCAGAUGGAAGCUGAGCAGAUCACGAUUGCAUACAGGCUUUGAUACGGUCGAGGAUCGGAUGAACCGGAGCGGCGAAGCGAGCGGGCCAUCAAGCGGCGUGUCGUGUCGCUGGAAGGAUGCACUCAGAGAUUUGCCGUGACCGGA